AUGGAGAGGACGCGAGGAACUCUCCGGUGCCGGCUGGUCCCUUACGCCGUCUCCGUGCUCCUGUUGUUGGUGAUGGGUAGCUGCGUACAAGGGCUCACCGUGACCGUGGUCAAGGAGGAGUGCGUUUUCGACUACGUUUUCUACCAAAGCGACACCGUUUCCGGUAACUUCGUCGUCGUCGAUUACGAGCACUAUUGGAACUCCGACCGUCCCGGCAUUGAUUUCACUGUGACGUCUCCUGGAGGCAGUAUAGUACACACCUUGAAGGGAACCUCGGGGGACAAAUUCGAGUUCAAGGCACCUACAAGUGGGAUGUACAAAUUCUGUUUUCACAAUACUCAUUCGGUGCCCGAGUCGGUCUCCUUCAGCAUUCACACCGGGCAUAUUCCCAACGAACACGACCUGGCCAAGGAUGAACAUUUGGACCCCAUUAAUGUAAGGAUUGCUGAGCUGAGGGAGAAACUAGAAUAUGUCACGCUCGAGCAAAAAUAUCUGAAAGCGCGAGAUGUUAGCCAUCGUCGUACAAAUCAGAGCACAAGAAAGCGAGUCAUAUUCUACACAGUCGGGGAGUACCUUCUGCUGGUUCUUGCGAGUGGUCUUCAAGUUGUGUACGUACGUCGUUUGUUCAGCAAGUCGGUUGGAUACAACCGUGUCUAA